CCGACGGUGCUCAAUCUACACUACACAGAGUUCCGGAACAAACCCUAACUCCCCAAAGCAAGAAAAUCGGAGAUAUGGGAGUGGAAAAGGAAAUUCUGACGGCUGGAACUGGUCCCAAACCGGUCCCCGGACAGAAAGUUACCGUCCACUGCACCGGUUUUGGUAAAAAUGGUGACCUUUCCCAAAAAUUCUGGAGCACCAAGGAUCCAGGGCAGAAGCCUUUCGCUUUCCAAAUUGGCCAAGGAAAAGUAAUCAAAGGAUGGGAUGAAGGUGUGUUGGGAAUGCAAGUGGGAGAAGUUGCUCGAUUACAGUGCUCUCCCGACUAUGCCUAUGGUCCUGGUGGAUUUCCAGCAUGGGGCAUUCAGCCUAACUCAGUUCUGGUUUUUGAGAUUGAAGUUUUAAGUUUGGAGUGACCAGCAUAUCAUAUUUUAUCAAGUGGCUGAGGAGUUUAGUUAUUUAUGUUUAAUAAUGAUGAUCGUUGAACAUGAUAUGACUUGUUUGAGAAUUGAUCUUGGUUGAUGCUGUUGUUCUGAUCAUGCACGAAGGAGUUUUCUUAAAACUUGAGCUGUACUUUUAAGCAGUCAUCUAUUGAUCUUGGUUUUGACAUUUCGGUUCUGGAAGAACUAGAUCCUUAGCAGUUUUCAGGGGACAUGUUAGUUUAAAGAAAUGUGUAUUAGGUGUUAAGAUUUAA